UAAUAAUUUAUUUUAAAAUGUGUAUGUUGUUAUAUCAUAUAGUGUAUAAUAUUUUGUACUAUUGUUGACCAAUUUACCAAAAUUUCUUUAUUGCAUAAAAAGACUAAAAUAUAUAUAAUUGUAGGUCUGAGGAGUGAUUUAAUCAAUGCACCAUAUCACAGACUUGGUCAUCAUUCAAAUUGUAGGUCAUAUUUUUGUGAUCGAUCAAAACAAAUUCAAUUAAAUUUAGUCCCAGAAGCUGAAACUAGUGGAAUGAUGAGGGAAAUAGUGAACAUUGCUUCAAGGCUUGUAACUAAUGCGGAAAGUUUAUUAGAAAAUAAGACUUCUAAUAUCUGUGAACAGUUUAAUUCUGUUAUUAAUAAACACGUUGCCGGAAAACGAUUAAAUUUUAGUAGUAGAGGUAAUUAUAAUACAAGAGUAGAAGCUGCCAUUGUGUCAUUUAAUUCCAAACAAUAUUUAAGACAAAUUCAUAAAACAUUUACUAAAUGUAGUCCAGGAAUAUUUGGAAAAAAGUUUUUGAAGAACAGUGAAAGAAUACGACUUAAUACCAGUAAAAGAAGACAAUUAUUUCCGGAAAAAAGAAAAGCUAAAAAAUCUAAAAUGGAAGGAGAAGACGAAGAUUAUGGACUGGCUGAACCUUUAAUAGAAUUUUUUUCAUCAGAAGAAAUGGAAAACAAAAAAAUUAAAUUUUUAGAAAAAUUAAGUCGAGCUGAUGUAAAAAAAAUCGAAUUUGAAACUCGAGACCAAAGCAGCAGUGAAAUGUGGUACAACGAACGUAAAAUACGACUAACAGCUUCAAGAUUUGGUCAAAUUUGUAAAAUGCGGCCAAACACUAGCUGCAAAAAUGUAGUUCAUAAUAUUUUAUAUGCUUCUGAUAAUCUACAAACAAAAUCGAUACAAUAUGGUAGAGAAAUGGAGACUUUAGGUCGUCAAAAAUUUGAACAAUUGUCAAAAGAAAAAGUUUAUGAGAAUGGUUUGAUUAUAGAUCCAGAAUUUCCAUUUCUAGCUGCCAGCCCAGACGGUCUUAUUGGUGAACAUUAUUUAUUGGAAAUAAAAUGUCCAUAUUCUGCUCGUGAUUCAAACGAUGCCAUUGAAGCAGUGAACAGUAAACUUCUACAAUAUUGCAAAGUUGAAGGGCAAAAAAUUAAAUUGAAAAAAGAUCACGUAUAUUACUACCAAAUAAUGGGACAAUUACACGCUACUAAAAGAGAAAAAUGCUUUUUUGUGAUAUACACGGCCAAAUGGAUCAGUAUAGAAGAAAUAUACUUUGAUCAAUCAUUUUGGGAUUCCAAAAUGUCUGAACCGCUACAAAAGUUUUAUAUGAAGUCUUUAUUACCCGAAAUUAUUGAUCCACAAUUCCCUAAAAGAAUGCUGAAAUCAGAUAUUCGAGAACCAGACCACAUAAAAAAAAAAAUGAUUAUAAAAAAAAAUUAAUAAACUAUUUAAAUAUAAUUUAAACUAGUUUAAUGUUUUUUUUAUUUUUUAAUUUCUUAGAUUGCAACUCAGUAAGUUGUAAAUCCAAUUCAAGUAGUUUAUUUAUGGCUGAUUAAAAUGUAAGAAGAGUUAUACCGAGUGACGUAUAAGACUUGAUUUUCGAUAUUUCAUUCUCAAAAUCGAUAAAAUCGUUUUGCGUUUUCAGUUUUUUACUUGCGAAUAAUUGGUAUAAAAAAUUAAAAUAUCAAAAAUCGAGUCUUAUACGUCAUCCGAUAUAACUCUCUUCUACAACUUUUAAUUAAGGUAUUUUGCUCUAAAACCAUUCAGUUGGCCGUAUUAUUGGAACAAAAUUGGCAUGUUUUUGUACGGUAUUUUCGCUGGUUUAGCGUCCUCAGUGUAAUAUAGAAUAAUAUAAAUAAUAAUAUGUAUUAUAAUCAAUGGUUUUAUGGUAAUACAUUCGAAAAUAUGGGUAAGUAUA